CACUCGAACUUUUUAUCUUAUUUCGCCAGAAAAACACACAUCAUUCUGGGCUCAAUUGGUGCCUCGAAAUGUGACGCAACUUUAUUCCCCUUAAACUGAACCCUUUUAAAACAGGCUCUUUCCAAACAGCCUUCUACAGCAAACUGCUCUGACUUGACUUUGUAAGGGUAUUAUAUGCGCCAUGGCCGACUUCAAAGUCGGUCUUAACGCCGCACUAUUAAUUGUCUUCCUCAGUUCUCAGCAUCCCUCUUAACUUUUUUAGCCCGCUUUCUGCCAGUUUGGAACGCAGCCUCGCGUGUUUUUAUUGUUAAACGUUGGGGAAAGUGACAGGGUUCAAGAUAGGUCUGAGCUCAUGGCUUGGCGUACUGUAGCAGCAAGCAGCAUACCAUGCACUGUCUUUGUCACUGUUACGCGUUUCUUUGCAAGCCGUUGGCUGUGGAUUAGCUAUUGGUAUCCCGUCUGAUGGAAAGCGGACGAGCUGAGAUGUACUGCUUGGUUGAAACACGGCUUUACCACCUGACAUGUCAGUGAGGCAGACGGUGCAUGAUAUGCCGCUUGUUGCUGUGUCUCGUCCAGCUGCGGUAAAAACAAUCAUACAAGCUAAACUGUACCGCUUGGUUCAAACGCGGCUUUACCAUCAGCUUCUUCUUUAUUCACGACGAUGCAUGAUUCUUUAUUCAAGACAAUGCAUGAUAUGCUGCUUUGUGUUGAAAAAAGAAGACACUGCGCCCAAAAUGUCUUAAUGGUGUCACUUAGCACUACUAUACUUUGUUUGCUGUUUGUCGAUGUUGGUGUAAGCUAUUUUUAUGAUUUUUGUUUACAGGAAGUAGCCUACAGCGCCCUUACUUUGAAGGGCGGAAGUGUGUUUAAUGGGUUGAGAAGGUGUCUUGUCUGUUGCUAAACCAGACUAGCUGUGCACAUGCAGAACGUACCUCCUAUGGCCGUAGCCCCCGUCCUUUAUUAACACCAAACGUCCACCUCAGCGGGCAUCCUGAAACCCUCGGUUACCUUAAAUGACGUCUGUCCCGUGCCAUUGUUUGACUUCCUGAUUCUGACAGCUUAGAGAAAGGCCAACGUAGCGCAUCAAAGACACCAGGUGUUCAUUCAUGUUGAUCGUGCCCCCUCCUUCGCAUGAUAUCACUGUGUUGCAAAUGUUGCACUGAGCCGACCGCUCUUUUUUUUAUGAAGGUAAGCCAAGAUUUUUAGCGGCUUCUUCUUCUUCGGUGCUCUCCGGCUUCUUCUACACUGGCGUUCACAGCUAUUUCUUCCGGUCGGCGAAGUGGGCAUCCAAACUAGGACUCGAAAUAAACAAAUGUGAACGACCCCAGAAGAAUCGCAAUGUAAGUCCCGGUUCCCAUCGAUACUCUCCGUGGAUAAUGUCUAACGUCUUAGGGUACGGUCCUCUUUGACGUCCUGCCGUGGUGAAAACAACCGAACAAGCUCAACUGUUCCGCUUGGUUGAAACACGGCUUUUCCACCUCACUCGUAACUGUUAGCUUCUUCUUUAUUGACAAUGCUUCUGCUUCCUGCUAUGCCUCGCUGAAUCUGGAAGAAGAAAAAAGAAGACAUUAUGCACAGAAUGGAUGGACUAAAUUGCAGGUUUGCAGCCGCAUGGCUGCCUUAACAGCAAGCAGCAUACCAUGCACUAUCUUAGCAAGUUUGAUGUUCUGAACGCCAUACAUAGGGUACCCUGAUAUCUUAGGGAUGCUGUCCCAGGCAAGCUGAGCAUUAUCCCUUGGUGGAAACACGGCUUUACCAGCUCGCUCAUCUGCCGUGUUGUCCCCCUCUUGUCAGGGGCCUUUGUCCCCCCCACCCCUCUCCCCCUCCCCCGCACUGUUGUCACCUGCUUUGAAGAGCUAGCCUCCAUUUCCUUUCGCGGUUGUGGCCCAGGGUGUGUACACACCAAACAAACUUGAAACAGAACCCUCCCAUCCUUGUGCUACAUGGUCUGGCUCCAGUCGCCUUUAUCUGCUGGCUUUCCUCACCGGGUCCGCGUGAGCCGACUUCCUCCUCAUGGCCCUGCUUGAUAAUUGCCGUAAGCUUCCCUCUUGGUUUCGUUUUCCAUUGUCCUCCGACCCUCCCGCCCACCCCAAAUUCUUGGCUCUGGCUCCAGAUAAAGGGAUGAAUACUUCAAAGGCAGAAGAGUUUAACCCCCGAAGCCAAAAGGAACGGCACACAAUACUGUAAUUGAGAGCAGUUAGUGAUCACAGGGCUGCGGCGCUGUCCUGGACGCGCACACACCCUCCAGUGUUUAUGGCUGCAACUGAGGUGGCCAGUAGUAGUUACGACAGCCAUAAAAACAACCUCUGCAGGCCUCGUAAGUUGUUAAAAAAGGAUGCGCUUUCACCAAAGCGGCAGAAGCAGCGCUGUCUCCUCUGAACACGCCUCCAAAUAAAAGAAGCGGAAUUAAUCAGACACGAGUGUGAUUUACGUCCUUCCUCUAUAACAACUCUUUGUAGUCCUGCUGAGUGUGACCUGUUCCGGUAAUAAUAUAUUCUCAAACUGAGGGCUACACCCCGCAACCUCUUCCCUCCGAGCCCGCUUUCAAAAGGUCUUUUUAUAGGGCCAGGAGACAAGGAUGCCCCCCUUUCCUGGUCCGGGCUCAAUCACAGACCCGGGGUCAGCUCCAGUGGGGGCAGCAGGGAUGAGCCAACCUGUAAGGGGACCUCCCGUGAGCCACGGAGGAGGCUGACAAGGCAGGACGUGAGAGUCCAACUGGCCCCCUGGUACUAGCAGGGGGUCCAUGCCAUUGGCUUGGUGAUGCUCUCCACCCUGGUGGGUUUGCUGCCAGAGGUCAGACACUGCGCCCUGCUCUCAGGGUUGAAGAGUCUAUCUCUUGUAUCUGCUGUGUUGGUUUCUUGGACGAUGUGAGCACGUAAUUGCAGUAUGGCUAGCCACGCUGCAGUGUGCAUGCGAUCUGAUGCUUUCACGUCCAUUCUAAUUGUUGUGUGCUCAAAACACAGAAGCGCAUUGCCUGUUUUAUAGCUACAUUACCCAUAUAUGUUAGAUUUCACUCUGCAUAGAUGUGCUGUAACUUUGUUAGCGACGGAUGACCUGUAGUCUCAUACUCAACUAUUUGACCGGACUCACCUCUAUUGAGUUCCAAUGCAUGAAUUCUGUUAAGAUGGACUUUUAAAUGAUGUUCUAACAGCAAUAUGUGUCCCUGGAGCCUAUUCAUGACUGACAAAUGUGAAAAAAAUAUCUCAUCUCCCUCACUUGUUUUCUCCACUUUUGAGAGAAGAAGGUGCUCAAAUGGUCGCUUCGGAGGUUCCGGAUUUUUGUGAUGGCAUGAAGGGAAAACCUCCUUCCUCAUGGACAUAUGAGGUGGACUGUAUGCCCACCACUUGAUGGAGAACACUUUUGUAAAAAGGAAGUAUUAAAAUAAAAAAAAAAAACGGGCUUUUCUGUACAUUUUAAAAUGAAACUGCCAAUUAUCCAUCCGGCAAUUACAUAAGUGGGAGCUGUAAGUUUGGUCACUUUGUUUUUACUUCAGCAAAUAGGCUAACCUAGCAUGAUGUCUGAGACAGGCGUGGUCAAACAGCUCAUUAGCAUUAAAGCUGCAGACACACAAAAUGGCAUGUUCCCAGUAGGGCUGACUAAAAGCACUUUUAAACUGCCUAAAUGUAAAAAAAUUGUAAUAACUGCCCUUCAGUUGAAAUCCAAGAAAACAAUCUUAGAGGCUUAUUUUUCUGAAAUAUUUUGGUCAAAUUCUGAAUAGUGCAACCUCGGGGGUGUUUGCCUUAAAAGGUUAAAUUAGGACAGUGAUGGUACAAUAAGUUGCAUGAUGCAUAAAGUAUUUUUGUGCACAGAAGUGGCCUUUCAAUGGCAAAUAACAUCUUUCAGGUUGUUCCCUCUUUAUUCAACCCAAAAUAUACCAUGUACCAUACAUGCACAAAACGCUAUCAAAUCCUCACACACGUGUUUUUUUCAUAAUUACCUAUUAACUUUAGACAUGCUCAAACGUACUACCAAACAUUCGAAUCAUUUGAAGGAUUUUAAUCCUUUAAUUGCCAGUCUGAUUAUAAUAAAUAGUACAUGAAUGGGGUUCCAGUUUGUGGUUAAAGUGUUGGAUAUGUCACAAAGAUUAACAUUGAUUUGAUUGCAUUGCUGUUUUUUAAGUCGUUUUUAUGUAAUAUCUGGCUAUUAUAUGUGUUGACUGUUUGAACAGGUCUAUUUUUUAAUCAUUUUAGAAGUAUUUAUGAUUACACUUGAAGAUACCCUUGCAUAGCGCAUGGUCAUGUGGCCACUAGUGGGCACUGUUGAGUGAUGUUUUCUCCUGCAAGUCUGCGGAUGCUUCAUUUUUUUAAUAUAUAAACUUUUUAACCUAGCAAUAAAAAAUGAUUACUGUAACAAGCACAGUUGUUACUUAUAGCCAAAAAUCACAUUAGAGCAUUGUUGGUGCUUACAUCGUGCAUCCCCGAGGCUCCAACGGGUUAAUCUCUACAACUAUGCAGGUCGAAAGAGAAAGCCAGAAAAAAAGUGUCUUUUUAAGUUGAUGUAGCAACAGAGGGAUUGUAGCGAUAAUGCUAUUGGGGCGGCGGAUCAGUUACUUGUGACGCGCCAAAGCCUCAGGGAGUUGGCGCAAGAUUGCUUGCCUUUGAUAAGGUCCUGGACACACACACGCAACAGUCGUGGCAAAAAGAGAAGAUAGCGAGUCAGGAAAUUAAAACAUGCGUGUCCACUUAAGUGCGAAGGUUAAGUAUGAUAAAUCCAACCCAAUUCGUUUGGCUUUUAUAGUUUAAAAAGACACGGCUGUCGUCGGUGUUGUUAUGUAGCUUCCAGGACCCGGCAGUCGGCUCUUUUACUUUGAAGUGCGCCUCCCCGCAGCACUGGCGGCUCAGUCUGAGCUGGAGUCGCCUUGAGGAGAGCCACAGUCGCUCCAUGGCCGCCUGAAAGCACCGCCAGCAGGACUAGGAGGGAGGUGGAGACUAGGAGGAGGGGAGGAAAGCACUGUUUUUCCCCCUUUCUCUCCUUCUUUCUCUCGUCAGUGCAUUUUUCCUCGCCGUCAAAGCGUGGACGGACCGAACGUGGCGAAGGAACGGCUGCUACUCUGGAUUAUAACGUUCUGUGGAUAAUUCGUACUUUUGUUUUAUUUUCACUUUUAAACACAUUUAAGGAGUGAACUCUUGGGGGUCGAUGAGAGAAGACGGGCUGCUGGAGAAGAAGCUCCCUGCUGACAUAAGAGAGUGAGGAGAUUACAGGAGAAGCUAAGAAGGCGGAACAACACUAGGGUCUCUCUCCUCCUCUCCGCUGCCUUCAAGAGCCAUGAGCUGGCUGCUCGUGGACCACAUCUCUAGUAGUUUCCGAGAGGAUGCUCCUCGACCCCCGGUGCCCGGGGAGGAGGGCGAGGCGCCCUGCUACCCCUCCAAACGCGCCAUGAUGAAAACGGAGCCCCCCAAAUCUGUCGCGCUCAUCAGCCCUCCGGGCUCCUCGGCCAGGAGGAACGAGGAUGGUCUCGGGGAGCCCGAGGGGAGCGCCUCCCCGGACUCGCCGCUCUCCCGGUGGACCAAAUCUCUGCAUUCUCUCCUUGGCGACCAGGAUGGUGCUCUUCUUUUUAGGACAUUCCUGGAGGGAGAGAAGUGUGCCGACACUUUGGACUUUUGGUUCGCCUGCAAUGGCUUCAGGCAGAUGGACCUCAAGGAUACCAAAACACAGAGAGUGGCCAAAGCCAUUUACAAGCGCUACAUCGAAAACAACAGUAUCGUCGCCAAGCAGCUCAAGCCUGCGACCAAGACCUUCAUCCGGGAUAACAUCAAGAAGCAGCACAUUGACUCUGCCAUGUUCGACCAGGCGCAGAUGGAGAUCCAGAGCAACAUGGAGGAGAACGCCUACCAGAUGUUCCUGACCUCUGACAUUUUCUUCAAGUUCGUGAGGAGCGGCGGAGAGAACCCCAAUCACGUCAACCCCAACGGCUUGGGCGACCUGCAGGUCAUGUGUGGAUAUCUGCCCACGCUCAACGAAGAGGAGGAGUGGAGUUUUGACUUCAAAACCAAAGCCCAUACUGGACUGCUGGUGAAGACGCAGAGAGCGCACGUGUCCAUGAGGGGGGUAGAGGUCAUGGAGAGGGGCUACAGGUCAUACAAGGGAGGAGAUGUUUGUCACAUGGGCUCCUUUGCCCCCGUCAGCAGCACAAAUGACAGCGAGGUGUCCAGCGAUGCCUUGACGGAUGAUUCCCUCUCUGUAACUGACAGCAGCGUCGAUGGUAUCCCUCCUUACAAACUGAGCUCCAAGAAGCAGCUUCACAGGGAGAUGCAGCGUAACGUGAGGAUGAACAGCCAAGUGUCUCUGCCUGCUUUCCCUCGCACCCGUUGUCCUCCCAAGGAGGGGGUCCCAGUGGAGCCGGCCAAGUUUGCAGCCCAGCUCAUCUCACGCCUGGAGAGCCUGAAGAGGGAACAGGACACCCUCAGCUCUCUGGAGGUGAGGCUGCAGCAGAUUCAGGAGGAGGAGGAAAGAGAGGACACAGAGAUAGCAGGAAGUGCUCAGCAGAUCUCUCCUCAUCCACUCGCCCUCAUUCCCGGCUCCUCCGAGGAAGACCCCCAGGCCAUCCUGGACGAGCACCUUUCCCGUGUCUUGAAGACGCCCGGCUGCCAGUCCCCCACUGUCAUCUGGCACUCGCCCCGCUCCAGCUCGCCAGAACACCGACCCUUUUCCCGAGGAGGGUUUGGACUCAAGGCUUCCCUUUCCAGUCCUGAACAGGGGUCCUUCAAGCUCACCCUGGGCCCCGGCGGCACCCUGGUGAGCAGGCAGAGCACCACAAAGCACAUCCACCACCACUACAUCCACCAUCAUGCCGGACCCAAGACAAAGGAGCAGUUUGAGAGGGAGGCCGCUCUCAGGGUGCGCGCUCUGUGCUCCAGCAGCAGUGAGUGCCCGCCCUGCCAGCCUUACCAGCGCAGCCGCAGCCUGGGCCGAGAGAUGUGCGGUGCCAUCUCUGCGGACACCAGCAUAGGGCGUUCCAACUCUCUGUCCAGACGAGUGUGUCGCUCUGCGGCUGAGGAGGGGGUGGCAGAGCGGUGCACCGAGGACUGCGAGGCCCUCCAGCUGCCCAGUGACACCACAGACCCCACUCAGAAUGUCCUGCAGUGGAUCCUUGAAAGCAAACGUCAGGGAAGGCACAAGUCGAGCAGCACCCAAAGCACAAAGAAAUCUUUCGGUGGUUCCUCGACCCAGACCCACACGUGGGGUGGAGGCGGAAACUGCGCUCACCUGCGAGGCCACCAGCCGUCCCAGCCCUUCAUCCAAGACCCCGCCAUGCCACCACUGCCCCCUCCUAACACCCUGGCCCAGCUGGAGGAGGCCUGCCGCCGACUGGAGGAGGUCUCUGUUAAGACCACCAAGCAGAGGCAUUCACUGUCCAGUCUCCAGCGGGACAAGAGCCACCUUGUGCCUGUGCAGAGUGCGGGGUCCAUCCCCAUGUCUCAUGCCAAUCCGAACCCCACUACAACAACCACCACCAGCAGCAGCAGCCUCUGCCUCCAAUCAGACGAUACAACGGAGUGUCGAAAGACUCUCGCAAGCCAUGGGCUCUGCAACGGGGAGACGGUGGUCACUUACUUCUUUUGUGGGGAAGAGAUCCCCUACAGGAGGACCAUGAAGAGCCACAGCCUCACCCUGGGGCACUUCAAGGAGCAGCUGCGCAAGAGGGGCAACUACAGGUACUAUUUCAAGAAGGCCAGCGACGAGUUUGAGUGUGGCGCAGUGUUCGAGGAAGUGUCGGACGACUGCUCCUUGCUGCCCACCUACGAGGGCAAGAUCCUGGGCAAGGUGGAGCGGAUGGAGUGAGGCGUCCUCCAAACGGACUGUGUGGCUUAAGAGUGUGGACUCUAUAAAAAUGUGUAGACUCUGAAGGUGAACGACCACUUGUCAGCAAAGCCCUCUGCAGGUGUACAUUGCAUCCCAUUGUAUUGUCGUGUAAAGAUCUCUAUUGCUUAUUUAUUGAAGAUGACCCCCACCCCUACCAGCCUCAACCUGACACUCCAUGGACAUGCUGCUCGGCGAUGAACUAAACUACUCCACAUUCUUUUGAUCCCCGCUUACACCUCUUUUUCAAAAAAACACACAAAAAAAAGAACACGUUUCCGGGGGGAUUUUUUUGUGGGACAUGCAGGUUCCAUGUUGAAUAAUAUAUAAACUACUGCAGUGCUAUUUGUGCCCCAUUUGCCCCCCCCCCCCCGCUAAGAGUGGAGCAUAUAUUGACAACUGUAUUAUUUAAUUGUGCCCAGCUCGCCUUGAUCUGUCUCGUCUUAGUGCCUUUUGUUUGAGUGGCGCCGGCGUUGCACAAAUAGCCUUCGCACAAGAGGCCAUCAAGCCCCUUUCCCUCCUCCCCCCCUCAAAAAAACCUAUAUAUAGAUAUAUAUAAUAAUGUGUUUACAUCCCAACAGAAGCUCUAUAAUAUCCCCCCCCACGUGCUUAUUAUGUAUGUGUGACUGAGUUGGUUUGUGUGUUGCAAGUGAUGACGAUGUACGUGUCACAUCGAGUACAGCAGCUGUGCCUACAUGGAUUCUUGCCAUGUUUGACCCCGUUUUAAGGGGUCCUCUUACUCCCUUGGUUUUCACAAGGGGCCCCCAAAAAAGAUAUUUUUAUGCCAUUUUUAUGAUUAGUAUCUUGUUUCAUCAUCCUUUCUAAUAUUUUUCAUGGCUUCCUUUGGCUCCACUUAAACUGUAAAUGAUGCGUUCUAUAGAGCUCGGCCUCGGUACUUUUAAUUAUUGUAAUUAUGAAGAGAUGUAGCCUUUAUUAAAAUGUUCUAUUUUUCAAAUGA